AUGACAAAUAGGCCUUCCAUAAAGAUCACUGCUGUUGCUCAUGAACAGCAACAACAACAACAACAACAAUCCAAGCUUCAAACAAGUGGCUCGUCUCACAUUAGUCCCAUUAGCCAUCGUGGCAGGAAUAGCAAUAAUAAUAAUAGCAGCAGCAGCAGCAGCAGCAGUAGUAGUAGUAACAGUAGGUGUAGUAACAGCAGCAGUAGUACUAGCAGUAGUAUUAGCAACAGCAGUAGUAGUAGUAGUAACAGUAACAAGAGUACUAAUACUGGCACUAAUAAUAACAAUAAUAAACCUUCCCAUCUCAAGAAACUUUAUAAGAGUAAUAAUAACAAUAAUAAUAAUGAUAAAAAACCACAAAAGAGAGAGGAACAAAUACAUAGUGUAAUAUUAAAGACGCCUAUUGCAAGAAGACCCUCUGUUUCUGCACCAACCACUCCCUUACAGAGAAGAUAUACUUCCUCAAAGACUAAACGAAACGAACGCAGAAAGGAGAUAUAUGAAGUAUUAAAUGCCGAAUUAGAACCAGUUCCAGACUUAGAUAGCUCUUCAUCCUCUUCUGAUACAAGUCUUGCUAAAAAGAAAGCAAACAGAAUAUCAAUGUUUAUAAAUGGCUCAAAGAGGUACUCAUAUCCCUUUACUCCUUUUAUUUUUGUGGGACCUAUACAGUUUUGA